AGGGAGUUUUUAAUUUCUUAGGACAAGUUGACUUCCGGCGAUUCAAAACAGCAAAACACUGGCUGGAGGGAUAUUAUUAUUGUUUUUGUACUGUCGGAUAAAUAUUGUCCUUUAUUUUAUACGCCGCGUUAAAUGGACGAUAUCCAGUCGUGGUGGGAAGUUCCAAGCAUUGCCCAUUUUUGUUCCCUCUUUCGAGCAGCUUUUAAUCUCCUUGAUUUUGACAUUGAGGAACUCGAGGAAGCGUUGCUGACUGAUGGCACAGAGGAUUGCGGCAGCUCGCUCCUUCAGGAGCUGAUAGUCCGACUGCUAUGCGGCUGUCUGGGGAACAAUGACAUCUCCACUUUCAACUACCAGAUGUACCUGCGACGGCUGUUCAGGAAGAAAUGUCAGGAGUACAAACGCGAUAACCCGUUCAACACAGACAUGGACUUCCAGUUCCUCCCGCUGAGAACGAAAGUAGAAAUCCUGCAUGCGCUGUGCGACUUCAGGCUUGACGGAGACGACGUUCAAGAUCUCUUGAAGAAUCUGGAGUCGGAUAGCUUACGGGUCGAACCCUUAGGACACGACGAGAAUGACUCUGCCUAUUGGUACUUCUACGGCACUCGACUGUACAGGGAAGACUUACCCAAAAACCAGAAGAGGGCCAAGGACAAGGACAAGGACAAGGACAAGCGCAGGAAGGGGCGCGAUGAGAGGCGGCGCCGCAGGCACGACUCGGAGGCGGAGGAUGGGGCGGGCCCCGGGGCGGGCGGCGCCUGGCAGGUGGUCUGCUUCACCCAGGACGACUGGGACCAGGUCACCGGCGGCUUCAAGGACUCGGCGGCCAAGUGCGAGCGCUCGCUGUACCACACGCUGGCCGAGGACUUCCUGCCCGAGAUACCGCGCCUCUUCGCCGAGAAGGAGCGCCUGCAGAGGAAGCGUCUGCUCGAGUGCCAGCCGCGACGGCAGUCCAGUCGCUUGGAGAAACUGAAGCAGCAGAGAGGGGAAGGAGAGAAGGAAGGAAAGAUACAACUGCCUAAGGAGCGAGAAGAUAAUGUUCGACAGGACAAGAGCGGCAGGCUGCAGCCGGCGGAGGAGCGGGAGAGGCGCUCGCGCACCGACUCGGAGUGCGGCAGCGUGGGCAGCCCGGGGGACUCGCUGGGGGAUGACCGGUCCAACCGCAGCGCCUUCAUCGGCCGCCAGACCAACAACUCCCUGUCCUCUGCCACGGGCCAGAUCGUGAUCCAGGGCCAGCGCCGGAAGCUGCGCAGCUCGCAAGUGUUCCAGCAGACGGUGGAGGACCUGCAGACGGGGCUGUACAAGGUCCUGGGCCACCUGAAGAGCCGCAAGUACGCGUGGCCCUUCGCGGAGCCCGUGGAGGAGGAGUACGCCCCGCGCUACUACUCCAUCAUCUCGCGGCCCAUGGACCUGCGCAGCAUGGAGGCCCGGCUGGACCGCGGCCGCUACCGCACCUUCGCCGACUUCCGCGCAGACUUCCAGCUCAUCGUGGACAACUGCCGCCAGUACAACGGCACCGACAACGAGUACACGGAGAUGGUCGGCAAGCUGCAAGAGGCCUUCCAGUACGCCGUGGACCGCUACCUGGAGUCAGACCCCUCGUCGGACGAGGAGGUGGCCGUGGAGUUCCCCUCCGCGGUCUCCGAGACGCUCACCCCGCCCCACAAGCACCAGGCCCGGCGCCGCACCAAGAGCCCCUCGCUCGCCCCCGACUCUCCGAGGAGCUCGUCGCGGCCGGGCAGCCCUCGCUCCGCGCCCAGCGAGCCGGCGCCGGCGCCCGCGCCCACGCCCACGCCCGAGGCACGGCCCGGCGCGGGGGGGGAGGAGGCGGGCGCCAAGCGGCGCCGGAUGGGCCACGGCAUCAUCGAGAACGCGGCAGCCAUCGAGGCGCUGGAGCUGGCCACGGAGCAGACCCUCAAGGACAUCAACAAGUGGCUGGACGAUACGCCGCGCUUCUCCGAGUUCUCGUCGGCCAGCAACUCUCCGUCCCACUUCAUCGCCUCCGAGGAGUACGAGGCGGCGGGCGGCCGCGUGGAGAGCGAGUGCCGGCGCGCCCAGAAGCUGGAGCGGCUGGCCCGGCCCCACAGGGAGCAGAAGGACGUCAACAAGAGACGGGUGAUGAAAGACCCAGCCAAGCACCAACGAAGACGAGAGAUCCAGCGCACUAUCGAGCGACUCCAACCUGGCAAAAGUAAGGGAAAUCUUAUUGGUAGUAUUCAAAGUGCAAACAAAGCAUCCGAUGAAAAUGGACUUUUAGGUAAAGGCAAAGAUAAGGGUAACUCACUGAUCACAAAAACUGACGAAGCCACACCAAAACUUAGCCUCGGCACAGUCCUAACCAGUGAUGUACUGGCGUUUGGAGUGGAACGACACAACUUCGACGAUGAGCCAAAGGAUGAGAAGAUAAAACCUGAAGUAUCGAGUGACAAAGUGUUUGGUGUUAUCGGUGUUGUACCCAAGGCAGUCUCUCCGAAGCCACAACCUUUCGACUUGCUCAUUGCGAAAGGAAAGAAAGAAGAUUCAAAGUCAGAAAAGGUGGCGAGCAAGGAAACAAAGCAAGCCAAACCUGCGCCUGAUUUGAGCGUCUGGUUCAAAGCAUUUGGCAUACCCAAGACGACGCCAGUCGCCAAGAAGAAGACGGAAGUAGUGGCUCCGGAGCCGGAACCUCCCAAGAUGGAGGACAAGAAGUGUGAGAAGAUGGCGUGUCCUGGGCAGGCCCGGGAUGUGCCGGAGAGAGGUGGGCAGGCGUGCGAGGCUGGCAAGGCAGCGACGGAGGAGGGGAAAGUGUCGUGCUCCCCAGGGUCUCGCCAGGGCACGGAGGAGCCGUGCAGCCCAGUGGGGCAGCCCCUCACGCACCAGACCACGCCGCGCCAGAGGCGGCUCAGCACGGGCAGCAGCAUGUCGGAGCGCUCGUCCUUCAGCCAGGACAUGAUGGACCCCCUGGACGGUUCGUCCCCACGACUGUCGCUGGACGAGAGACUGGGAGGGUAUCCGGCCCCGCCGUACCCCUCGCCGCUGCCCUCCCCGCGCGGAGAGGACGUGCCCAAACCCCUGCCGUACCCUCCCGUCAACGGCACGAUCCGCGCAGGCUUCUACAAGGAUACCUCGUCCAACCUGCAGAAGAACAGCCCGGAGAAGAGCAAUAGCAACUCUCCGAAUGAUCGUGCCCCUGCGUCGCCGUUCCCCAGCUACACGCCACGGGCCUACCCUCCGUCCCACGACCCCGGAGGCUUCCAGCCGUACCGCAGCCAGGCACCCAGUCCCGGCUACGACAGCGUGUCACCAUACGGGGUGAGCCCCGCCAUGCAGUACUACGACACUACCAAGUCUUUGACGGAGCAGUACAGGGCAGCUAGAUCUCAAACAGUUGAUGAAUAUUUCCCUCCUGUUAGUUCGGGUCUCGCAAACCAGCCGGCUUCUGAUGUUUCAUCUCCUCGCGUGACGCUCGUGCAGAAGUCGCAAGCCUCGAUGUUCCCUGUGAAGAAACGACCGUGCACUGAAAUCGAGCCCGGAAAUGAUGCAGGGAAACUAUCUCCUUCACUUAGAAUAUCUCCUAAACAUCAACAAGAUUCGCAGGAAAGAUUGAAUCAGACAUCCGUAAUAAACAUGGCAGACCCUCCCAUGGUUGGUAAAACACGCAUGGGCUCGCCACUCGCUCACGUGUCACACAUUCAGUCAGGUCCAGCAGAUCACUCUUCCCCCCCACUGCACUACACCUCGUGCUCGAUCAUGUCCGGUGGGAGGAUCGUUGAUUCGACCGAAAACACUCCCGUGCCAUUCGAUGCCUCUCAGAAGCCAGAGAGGCUGCACCUCGGUAACUUGCCGAGCAUCACCGUAUCGAGCAGGAUACACCCGUCUCCAUCAGCUGUGUACAGCCCGCCCGUGACCUCGGACAGGGCUCAUCAGGCCCUGGACCCACCCCAGCACGGCAGCGCGAGCAAGAUGGGCUCGUCCACCCUGCCCGACACGCAUUCGUCUGGCAAGCUGGUACCUCAGGCGAGAGCCACCUCCCCGCAGGCGGGCUUGGGGACGUCUCCCGGUGUCUCGUCAGAGAGACACUCCACGGGCCACGAUCCCGCUGGUUUCCACAGAAGUCCCUUCUCCCCACAACUUCCAGCAUCCUUGACACUGAAUUCUUCGCUUGGCCUUAGAGGAAACUUGUCCAACAUUCCACGUAUUUCAGAUAGGUUUGCAGCCGACGAGCACAUCUUGCCCGGCGCCCAGUUUUCCCACAUGUUCACUCAGUCUCAGCAGCAGGCCCCCGUCUCGACGUCGCUCGGGAUGUUCUCUCAGCCUGCCUCCUCGUCUCCUUACCCUCUGCUCUCCGGGAAGGUGUCGGACAUGCAGGCGACCUUCACCAGAGCCGUGCAAGACAUCGCUCCGAUGCUGACCACCAAGACGACCGCGGCGUCGAACCUACCUUCCGUGUACGGCGGGAACGUCACGGACUUGUCCAUCCCCAACAAGGCACCGUCGCUGAGCGUCCCGACGUCGUUCGGCCGCGCCGGGCCGGAAAUAACUUCCGCACUACCGGUCAAAGAUAUGCCGAGCACAGAAAUGCAAAAGACGUACAAUCACCCGAGCGCGGACCUGCUGGCCAGCAAGGGAAGCGUGGCUCAGGGCUACAGCAAACCGCCCACCAACCUGUCUGUGGUGCCCACGAAGACGGUCCCAUCGGACGUGACCUCGCAUCCCAAGGUGGCUCGCAAGAGGAAGAGCAAGCAAGCGGCGUCGAGCGAAGCGGCGGUGGGGACGGGCCAGACGGCCUUCCAGCAGUACGUGGGCGGCAAGGCGAGCGCGGAGGCGUCGCCCAUCGCGCUCAAGUCCAGCAGCAUCGUGCCCGGGAGUGCCUUCAACUUCGGCCCGGCGGCGUCCGCGCUGGGGCUGUACGCGGAGAAGGAGGGCUUCCCGGCGUACCUGGAGGAGUACCGCACGCCCUCGCCCAGCUACUACCUGGGCUCCAAGGCUCCCCGGGACAAGGCGGCGGGGGCCGGCUCGCAGUACCUGUUCCUGGGGCACCCGCAGGCGCAGCCGCCGGCCUACCCCUUCAUGAGCCACCCGCAGGGGCUGGUGGACUCGGCCGGCUACCAGCAGUACUUGCAGCGUCGGCAGGAGGAGCUGCUCCGCAACCCCCUGAUGCUGCCCCAGGGGCUGCUGCCCCCGGCGGCCGGCUACCCCGCCGGCUACCACCCUGCGCUCAGCAUCCGCCAGCCCUUCGACCGACACUCCUGGUUAUGAGUGUGCCGUAUCUACAUUCGGUGCGCGCGUGCGUUUUAACAUUUUCAUCGGAAUACCAAAGAAGUCUCUUGCUGCACAGGAAAACAUGUACGUUCGUAAUGAAAAUGUAACUUAUUAGUUUACAUUUUUUCGUAUUGAUGAGUUUGUUUUCAUUAUUGCUUGAUAUCGGAGCAGCCUUAUGCCUUAUAUUUCCCAGUAUUUUAAAGAAACAGUGUUACAUAUUCUAGUGCUCAGGUUAGAUAUUUGCCAUCACCAUGCGUAUAAUGAAACUGGCACAUUUUAGCAUCUACAUUCAGUUAGGCUUCGAAAUGUUUAUCUGCUGUGUCUCAAAUAAAAAUAAUUACAAUUUUACAUUUUGCGGAAAGUUGUUUUAUCAAAUACUGUCAAUCUGAAACAUAAUUUUAUGUAUUCAAAAAAUAUUUAUACACUGAUAUGUUUCAUAUCUAAUUUUUCAUUUGAUUGUAAGUGUUGUUUGAAUGGAUAGAUAUUUUAUUUAGUUAAAAAAAAAUCUACAGAUUGUUUGAUAUGUAUUAAUGCAUAUUUUUGUGUACAUACAUACAUAUAUAUAUUGAUAUGCAUGAUGUAAAUAGUUAUGUUUACAAACGUUUAUAUGAUCUGCUCAGUUGCUCCACUACAUUAUGUUCUCAUUUUGUAAUACGUAACUGUUGAGUUCCUUACGUGGCAUGUGGAAGAGAAGUUAUUUCUGAUGACCUGAUGGUAUGAUGUGCAAUAGCCAUUUAAUAACUUCUGAAAACUAAGGCAAAACUUUCUUUAGUUAAAUGGCAAUUAACUUAGUUGAAAAUGUUCUAGAUAACAAAAACUUACCAUUUUACAAAUAAUACUGUUAAUGUUAAAGGCACAUAUAGAUGUUGACAAAUUAAUUGGUAUAAUUUUCUUUGACAUACCAACCAUAUGCAUACAAUUAAUUUUUUAAUGCAUAGUGGUUUUAAUACCUACUUAAUGCUAAGAAAGUGGCAGUUUUUAUUACUACCUGUUAUAAAGUUUUUUGUCUCUUGAUUUGUUUGUUGAUUAAGUCAUAUCACUUGUAAGCAUGUAACUCAAGAAUGCUUUUCUGGUUUUACAGAUAGCUUCAUGCAGCUAGGAAAGUGAGCAAAGCUUGAUAAUUCACAUUGCUUAGUGUUACUGUUGUUUUAUUUAUAAACUCAUAACUCAAUGAUGCAUUCACUUUCGAAGGAGACAAAUAGUGUACUGUUGAGUUGUGUGCAUUCACCUCGAAUUCCAGGGUUAUUCAAAUUUUACUUGAAGUGCUGGCCAAAUGUUUUACCAGUUGUGACACAAGCAAAUUUGUAAAAGUGGAACUGAUCAUAUUGUGAAUAAUAAAGUAACACGAUUUUUUUAA